GGUCAUAUUUUGGCUGCUCUAACGGGAAGCUUGGGACAAAUAAAGUGUAUUAAUAAGCGAACCGACUCUAGUAAUUAAUGACUGCGUACACGUAUGUACUGACGUCAAACGUAUGCUGUAGGAGCGUGUUGCGAUGGUAACGGACAACACACCGGACAAGAGCCGCUAAACAGGGUCGAGAUGACCAUGUCGCAGCUGGAUGUCGACGGUUUUCCAAUUUCGUGGAAAGAUCCACAGGAUGCAGACACAGUAUCCAUGUUUGAUGUGAUUUACGGCAAAGUGAGAGAGAAGAUCAUCCUGCAGCGGCUGAUAAUGAUUUCUCGGCUCCCCCACGACCUUGCUGAUAGGACAGACCUGGGAGCUCAUUAUGAAAAUCUCAACUUUCAGCUGAACAAACAGCACAUAUGGGAUCACAUAACAGGCCUGCUGCUGAUUUAUCCAUCCUACCUGCUGCACAUCAUUGAAUCGUCCAGGGAUAUUCUGACUUCUGUUUUGAGAGACGUCAAAGUCAUGCAACAACAGCCACACCGCACCUUGCUGGAAGUAAAGAUUGUGUUUUUGGAUCACAACCCUCAAAGAAGGCUGUUCCAGCAGUGGAGCUACAAGGUGCUGGGUGCAGAUCAGGUGAUCAGGGAUCCCGCAGUUAAGGUACUGGAGGAUGAAGAUGUCAGCAUAGAGACCCUUGUAUGCAGCGUCCUGUCAACGCUGCAAAAUCUGAGCAAAAAGCUUGAACAAUCUAAGGCUCCUCCCGGGUCAGUGUUGGAUGAGACACCGCAGCUGAUCGUCCAUCAGAAAAUUCUGGAAAGGCUUUUGGGUCGAGAGGAACUCCUGAGCCUGCAGCAGUACCUAGAUAUGUACAAAUCCACCUUAAACAUCAGUAUUGAGUUUGGACAGCUGAAUCCAAGAAACCUUUUCUCCGCUGUUUAACCCCUGAACAAAAUGUCAAAGGCCAACUGUUUCCUGACUGACUGUUUCCCUGUAGUGAUUUUGGUUCCUACACUGAAAAUAUUUGCUGCACUUACUGUUCACUUAUUCUAGUGAUACUUGUGGUCGUCAGACAUCCUCUGCCUUUCCUGUCUUUUAUGAUAAAUAGUACGUGUCCAAAAGAUCCAUUCACUCUUUGCUUCCCUUUUAUUGUCUGUGUACCUAGCCAUGUACUGCGAUCUAAUAGUGUGGCAUUGUUUUCCCAUUCUAAAAUAAAGACAUAUUCAAAAAAUACAUCACUUAUGUCUUCCAACAGGUUUUUGUAUUAUAACAAGUCACGUGCAAAUUGUCAUCUGUCACAGUACAGUGGUCCACUACAUCCUCAGUUAAUAAAUGCCAAUAAAUGAAUAAAUGCUAGCAUUCUGCUACUGCUAACACAUACUUGUGCUCAGUUAAAGAUUUAUAAGGGCACUUCUUUGAAUCUGGAUUAGUUAAAACAGAUUAGAAGCUUUCAUGUGUGUAUAAGAAGCUGGUGGUUAUGCAGGUUAACAAGGACAGUUAAGGCUUGAUUAUUUUCCUGCUGCUGUGUCUGCCUUGGUUUGAAUGACAUUGUGAAACUGAUCACAUGGGUUCGUCUGGACUUCUAUGUGCCGCCCAUCAGAGAAUUUACUUUAAAACACAGCAGCUGCAGGUGGUGGAGUUCAUGCUCGGCUGUGGUGUCUGCAGCUGUCCAUGUUCCUUAAAUCAAAAUGACAGAUGCUGUAAAGAGGCUCCUGAUGCUGUGGUGUCCCGAACACUCACAGGAAG